CGUUGGAGAUAAUUCAGAAAGUCUUAAACAGCAAACCACAGCUGCGCCUUCUUCAUCUAUAUAUAGCACAAGCAAUGUAGAUAAUGAUAUAUACGAUAAUUUAUAUAAUAUUUAUUUUGAUCAAACAGCUAUAGAGAUGGCUAAAUUGUUUGCUGAUUCAACAUUACAAGUAAUGCAAGAACAGGGUCAAGAGGUCAAUAUAAAUUGGUUGGCAUCGGAACUUGAUACAAUAUCUAAUGAAAAAUUAUCGUGGAAAGUUAAUAAUCACCAAGAAAAUGAACUAAAUAUAGAACUUAGUUCUUCACAUAUUAAAUAUGUAAAUAGCACAUAUAUUAUAAUAGAUGAUCUUAAUAGAACAUCACAACGAUGCUCUCAUUCUGUAUCUAAACCAUUAAAGCAACUAGGUGGAAUUUGGGAAUUAGACUUUGAGACGGUAAAUGAAAUCUUAAGGUCAAAUGAAAAUGGAAUACAUUCGUUAGAAAUUUGCUCAAAUCACUUCAAUUAUGAUAAUAAGCAAUUGCAUAGUUGCCAAAAAAGUGAAGGUGGACAUUUAUAUGAACAAAGAAGACGAGGUGCUGUCCUUCUCUUUGAUUGUACAGAUCAACAUUGUGACGAUUCUAUAAAGUCUCUCCAAUUUCUAGCCAAGUGGAUAAAUGACAUAUCUGAAUCUGCUGAAAGGAAUACUCAAUGUCUUCUUCUUGAUAAAAUUUUUAGAAAAGUUAUUGCUUUUUUUGAAAAAUCAAAAUUAGCCAAAUUAAAUAAAGAAGAAAAUGUUAACGAUGAGGAGUUGGAAAGUGAUAUGAUUAGAAAUGACGAAAAUGAA